UUCUCUCUCUCUCUCUCUCUCUCUCUCUUCCCCUCUCUCUCUGUGCUCUGUGUCCGACAAUGGCUAUCAAUGGCUGCCUGAUGUCUGAAUCAAACACUGGUUACUUCUCCGUCCUUGUCAAGAGCAGAGAGGUGAUCACCGCAGAGCUGCCGCUUCCGGAGAUCUGGCUUCCGCUCUCCAACCUUGACCUGCUGCUUCCUCCCAUAGAUGCUAGCAUCUACUUCAUUUACAGGAAGCCGAGCAGCAAGCCUGACCUUUCCUUUGGCUCAGCAGUUGAAAUUCUCAAGAAGUCUCUCGCUAAGGUCCUAGUCCACUACUACCCACUUGCAGGUGAGAUGAUCGCCAACUCCAACGGCGAGCCGGAGCUUCUGUGCAACAACACCGGCGUCGAGUUCAUUGAGGCUCAUGCAGACAUAGAGCUCAAUGGUCUCAAGCUCCAUGACCCAGACGCGACGGUGCAGGGGAAGCUUGUACCUGCGAAGGCACGAGGAGUUCUCUGUGUUCAGGUGACCAAACUCAAGUGCGGAGGCAUCGUCGUUGCUUGCACUCUGGAUCACCGGAUCGCCGACGCCUACUCCACCAACAUGUUUGUGGCCGCAUGGGCCCAGGUGGCCCGCACCAACUCCCUCACCUUCAUCCCCAACUUCCGCCGCUCCCUCCUCAGCCCCCGCCGUCCCGCCGCCUCCUACGACAAGUCUCUGGACAACAUGUACGUCCCCAUCGCGUCCCUCAAUCCCCAGGAGGCCAUGUGCGAGACCUCGCCGGACCAAUUCAUCAGCCGGAUCUACCACGUCCGCGCCGGCGACAUGGACCAACUCCAGGACCUAUCCUCCACCAACGGGACCAAGAGAACCAAGCUGGAGGCGUUCAGCGCGCUUCUGUGGAAGUUGAUAGCGAACGCCAGCGACGCCGAGAGCUGCCGCCUGGGCAUCGUCGUCGACGGUCGGUCUCGCCUGAGCGACAGCCCGAAAUCGGCACUCUACGGCUACUUUGGCAAUGUUCUCUCGAUCCCAUUUGGGGAGGCCAGCGUCAAGGACCUUAAGAGCAAGCCGCUGGGUUGGGCCGCAAAGAAGGUGAACGAGCUUCUGGGUUUCGCCACGAACGAGGAGCAUUUCCAGGGGCUGAUUGACUAUGUCGAAGGGCAGAGACCUAACCCCAUGAUGACGAGGGUUUACUACAGAGGGGCCAACGAUGGGCCGGCCAUUGUGGUCUCUUAUGGAAGGCUCUUUGAUGCCUCUAAGAUUGACUUUGGUUGGGGCCUUCCGUUCCUUAGCUCGGGGCACUUCCCUUGGGGAGGGGACGCUAGAUACGUGCUGCUGCUUCCGAGCCCUGUGGGAAACGGAGACUGGAUUGUUUACAUGCACCUCUUCAGGCACCAGCUGCAUGACAUAGAGACGGUGGAAGGGGGCAUACUUCAGCCUCUUACCGUGCAACACCUCACCCCUCAGGAAGUUUGAGAAGAAGAGGAAGAAAAAACCUGCAGAAAAAUAUUGUAUUUCUGAUAUAAGUAUUGUUUCCUACGAGCGUAUAAGAAAUAUUAUGAUUUCAUGCGUGACUGGCAGCGGCUUCAUCAUGAGGUUGUACAAUUGUAAGCAUAUUCUUAAUUGUUUGUGGUGGCUGGUUCAUGUUUGUAUUUGCAUUAUGCAUACAUUGAAUUUCCAUUCUGUGGUAGUGCCAUAGUAGGUAGUUGAUUAUUGUAGAUUUAAUGCAUGAUUACAAAAAUAAAGGGUUUUCUUUUUCUUAUUGUUCA